AGAAUAAGAAACUGGUUGAGCUGCUCAGGAGGAAAGUGCGUCUCGCCCAGCCCUAUGCCGGCGUGUUUCUGAAGCGGGACGACAACAAUGAGUCCGACGUGGUUGAGAGCCUGGAUGAGAUCUACCACACGGGAACAUUUGUCCAGAUCCACGAGAUGCAGGACCUUGGGGACAAGCUGCGUAUGAUUGUCAUGGGGCACAGAAGGAUUCACAUCAGCCGGCCACUAGAGGUGGAGCCCGAGGAGCCGGAGGCCGAGAGCAAGCAGAAGGCACGCCGGAAGUCCAAGCGGAACAAGAAGGAGGCGGAGGAGGAGCAGCUGGGCGGCAAGAGCCCGGUGGAGGUGGUGAUGGAGCCCGGCUUGGGGGACCCUCGUGAGGUGCUCAUGGUCGAGGUCGAAAACGUGGCCCACGAGGACUUCCAGGUCACGGAAGAAGUGAAAGCCCUGACCGCAGAGAUCGUGAAGACCAUCCGCGACAUCAUCGCCCUAAACCCUCUCUACAGGGAGUCGGUGCUGCAGAUGAUGCAGGCGGGCCAGCGAGUGGUGGACAACCCCAUCUACCUGAGCGACAUGGGCGCCGCGCUGACCGGGGCCGAGUCCCACGAGCUGCAGGAUGUCCUGGAGGAGACUAACAUCCCCAAGCGCCUGUACAAAGCCCUGUCCCUGCUAAAGAAGGAGUUUGAGCUGAGCAAGCUGCAGCAGCGCCUGGGUCGGGAGGUGGAGGAGAAGAUCAAGCAGACGCACCGCAAGUACCUCCUGCAGGAGCAGCUGAAGAUCAUCAAGAAGGAGCUGGGCCUGGAGAAGGAGGACAAGGACGCCAUCGAGGAGAAGUUCCGUGAGCGCCUCAAGGAGCUCGUGGUCCCCAAGCACGUCAUGGACGUGGUGGACGAGGAGCUCAGCAAGCUGGGCCUGCUGGACAACCACUCGUCCGAGUUCAAUGUCACUCGCAACUACCUGGACUGGCUGACUUCCAUCCCAUGGGGCAAGUACAGCAACGAGAACCUGGACCUGGCGCGGGCCCAGGCGGUGCUGGAGGAGGACCACUACGGCAUGGAGGACGUGAAGAAGCGCAUCCUGGAGUUCAUCGCCGUUAGCCAGCUCCGAGGCUCCACCCAGGGCAAGAUCCUCUGCUUCUACGGCCCCCCGGGCGUGGGCAAGACCAGCAUUGCCCGCUCAAUCGCCCGGGCCCUGAACCGAGAGUACUUCCGCUUCAGCGUGGGGGGCAUGACUGAUGUGGCUGAGAUCAAGGGGCACAGGCGCACGUAUGUGGGGGCCAUGCCAGGAAAGAUCAUCCAGUGUUUGAAGAAGACCAAGACAGAGAACCCCCUGAUCCUCAUCGAUGAGGUGGACAAGAUCGGCCGGGGUUACCAGGGUGACCCUUCGUCAGCCCUGCUCGAGCUGCUGGACCCAGAGCAGAAUGCUAACUUCCUGGACCACUACCUGGAUGUGCCCGUGGACUUGUCCAAGGUGAUGAAGGAGAGUGCGCGGAUCGCCUACACCUUCGCCAGGGCCUUCCUAAUGCAGCGAGACCCCACCAACAACUACCUGGUCACCUCACACAUCCACCUGCAUGUGCCCGAGGGUGCCACCCCCAAGGACGGCCCUAGUGCGGGCUGCACCAUCGUCACGGCGCUGCUCUCCCUUGCCAUGGGCCAGCCUGUGCGACAGAACCUGGCCAUGACCGGCGAGGUCUCCCUGACCGGCAAGAUCCUGCCCGUUGGGGGCAUCAAAGAAAAGACCAUUGCCGCCAGGCGGGCUGGUGUGACGUGCAUGGUGCUGCCAGCCGAAAACAGGAAGGACUUCCACGACCUGGCACCCUUCAUCCGAGAGGGCCUGGAGGUGCACUUUGUAGAGCACUACUGCGAGGUCUUUGACAUCGCCUUCCUGGGCGAGGGGGCACAGGCCCUGGCUGUGGAGCGGUGACUGCUGCCUGGACACCUCGGCCAGGACAGACGCGGGGCUCCCCUAACUAUGGCUUAAUCAUGGAGUAGGGUACAGGAACUAUUUAAUUAUGAUUAAAAUCCAUUUUCAGUA